AGAAGAAGACGUUUUUCUCCCCACUCGCUAUUUGGUGUGGUUUGAGGGCUAAUUGGCGCUUACUCUUGAACAACACCGGCAAAUGAUCUCAGCGCUAACUAUCGCCCAAAACAACAGUAAAUAACCCGUUCUGAUGUUCUGUUUUUUUCUCUAAUGAUAUGUCAGUACUGAUUUGCUUUCCAUUUUACGUAAAGCAAAAGCGUUCCAGUGGGCUCCUCAUCAGCGGUGAAUAAAUAUCCAUGCCCAGCUUGAUCAUGAAGAAAGGAACAUUGCAGAACAUCCUGGAUGAUGGCUUUAGCAAAACCGUAAUGGACGCCGGCCACUUUUGCUUCAGCUGUGAGCAAAUAUUUGCAAAUCGGAGAUGCCUGGAGGAUCAUGUGUGUUCAUCUGUAAGUUACAUUUGCUCCUGUGGAACUGAGUUUACUCAAUACAAAGACAUGCUGGAGCACAGCACCACACACGAACCAGGGCACCAAGUGCUUGAUCAUGAAACCAUAAGGAAGCGCAGAAUUGAGAGGCGUAAAGAAGAAGAGGAAAAACUGAAAAGGUUGAAGAAAGGAGAGGUUGUCUGGAAGGUCCCCAAUGUAAGCAAUGUACCAUCUGUUUCGUUUCCAGUGAAACAAGUACCCAAUACUUCAUCUUUUAUUCCACCAAUUCCUCGCCAGCCUACUCAGAAUCCACAGUUGCCAGAGUUGCAUCCGUCUUUGUCACAGGCAUUUUUGGUCUCAAAUCCUCAGCCUGCACUACCAGACAUGCAGAACAUUUUUGAAGGUGUUGGUGCACCAACGGUGGAUCUUUGGACACUUUAUCAGCCAGUUGUGUUGCUUCAAAAGAUUCACAAGUUAAGCAAAAAACCAUACCUUUGUGGCAAAUGUGGACAGGAGUUUAUUUCGAAGGCCUCUCUCAUCUUCCACCACAGCUCUCAUGUCACAGCUAAAAUUUCUGGAUGUAUAGGGUGUGGGCUGCUGCUCUCUGGCAAAAAGUUUGUGCCUCGCUUCCAUGCUUGCAAAUCCCAGAAUAAUCAGACCAAACACAGACUCAUCACAGCAAAACCUCCUGGUUACAAACCACCAAGUGAAGAAAAUGCGUUACAGAAUCUCAUUUCUCUGCCACCUAAGCCCACUUCCAUCCUACAGUCGGAAAACCAGAAUACUAGUCAAGGCAAUCGGGCACUACACAUCACCUCCACUCCAGCGCUGAAAAAUGUAAAUAUCAGAACAUAUAAUAACAACAGAGGGCUGCAUGACACUGCAUCUUUCCAGUCCAUGAGUAAGAUUCCUAAUGCAUCCAAACCUCUUGUGUCCUUGCCAUAUAAGAGGCCGGUCCCUACUGUAUUCAGUCAAGGGUCUUGUGCCAUUCCUCCUGCAUUGUUAAAGAGGCCCACAAACUCUUCAUCAGUUGCAUUGAGCAAACCUAUAGAGGCAGCUACAGUAAAUGGGUUCACAUGCAGAGUCUGUCAUCUUCCUUUUAAAACACCUCAGCUGCUUCAGAGGCACAAGUGUGCCAGAGCCCAUGAGUUCAUGGCAAGGCACAUGACAAGUGGUAAACGGCAUUUUAAACUCAGGAGGGUGACACCAGUGCAAACCCCAAAUUCUGCUCAGAUGAACGGUGAGAGAAAACUCGGAUUUCCACCUGUUAGCGCAAAUGAUGAACUCAUGGCUGUCAGUCUGGAAAAAGGGAAAGGGGGUGUUCCUGUCAAUGGAGCAGUAUCGGAAGAUGAUGACGAUGACUGUUACAUUGUUGAGGGUGAAUCAGACAAUCCUGCUGAGAUGAUUUACAAAGUAACCUCAUCUGUCCCUAUCAAGACUUGACUAGUAGUCUAGUGAGGCACACCCAAUUUGCAUGUCACCUGUUAUGUUAACCAUGGACCACAUGCACAGAAAUGACAGUUGUAGUUUAGUGACAUCACUAUGAGCCAUCGUGCAGGAACACAAUGUUCCUUCACUGUCUCAAAACUGCUUUAAAAGAGAAAUUAGUAAUACGAACCAAGCAUCUUUUAUUAGGCUGUAUGUCUUUUGUUUGUACAGUAAACAUUAUGUUAAUGCAGAAGAGUUUGAAGUUGUUGCCCCUUGAAUGGAAUAGAAGAUGUAAAUUCAGUUUAUCAUAAAAACUUAUGUUCGUGGUUACCCAUGUUUGAUGGGACAGCCAGGUAUAAUAGUGUUUGUUUUGAUUAUUGUUUUUAUCAAGUUUUUAGAUGAGAAUGUGAUGUGAAGCUGUGGGCUUGGCCACCAUACCAUGUGUGUUAUUACCAGCUUUGUUGAAUUUUAUGAAUACAGUUUAUGAUUUAUUAAAGUAUAUUUUU